GGGGGAAGCCGUGCCGUUAUGUGGACAGACUGCGGGUUGUAACAGUUUGUCCUGCUCGUUAAACGGAUUUAAACGCCAACUGAGGAUUGUUGUUUUUAACCUUAUAGGUAAAUGAUCUUGUCCGGGUUGCAGUUUGUUGACGGUAUCCCGUAAGUCUUAAGUUUUAUCAAGUGAGAGCGAUUAGUGUUGAAGGAAGAGGAGUCGUUGGAUUUGCCUGUGGAUUCAUGCGGACUCGGUUCAGGUUGCAUUCUCAAGAUCACAGCUGCAGGCCUUUUAUUGAUGGGUACAUACUGCGAGGUAGCACACCAAGAGAGCUGGAAAUCAUUCAAAAGAGACAGGACCUGUGAAAGAAUGAAGACAAGCUAGAUGUUGUUGUCUUCAAAGAACUGUCGGAGUUGAGCUUUCUUGGAAGAAUACACCUACGGCAAAUGUGAGCCUGGACUAAGCACAUAAUCAGAGAAACCUGAAAAGUAGCUUUGCUGCAGUGUAACUUCUAAAGAACACAUUGACUCAAGGUGAUCAAUAUGAGUGCUGAAGGAUAUCAGUACAGAGCGCUUUAUGACUACAAGAAGGAGAGGGAGGAGGACAUUAAUCUGCAUGUGGGGGAUAUACUUUUAGUAAGUAAAGGAGCUCUGGUGGCUCUUGGGUACACUGAUGGGCUUGAACAGAGGCCUCGUGAGAUUGGCUGGCUGCCAGGCUUCAAUGAAACCACUCAGGAAAAGGGGGACUUCCCUGGGACAUAUGUUGAGUACGUUGGAAAGAAAUGGAUCUCUCCUCCUACACCUAAGCCAAGGCCCCUCAGACCCUUACCUGUAGCUCCUCCUGGGGCCUACAAGACAGAGGCGGACUCAGACUCAGAGCAAGGCUCCUGUCUGCUGGACCUGACAGAGCAGUUUUCCCUCCCAGAGACGUCUCCCCCUAUGCUCGCCAGAUUGUUGGAAGCCAUUGAGAGGAAAGGUUUGGAUAACCCUACUCUAUAUCGAACCUUCACUGCUGGGGGUGGACUUGAAGUCAGACAAUAUUUUGAUUGUGAUCCUCCCUCUGCAGACUUGGAUCAGUUUGAACUUCCCGUCCUGUGUGAUGGUCUGCGCAGGUACCUGCAGGAUCUCCCCCAGCCUAUCAUCCCCACUACAAUCUAUGCUCAGGUGGUCCAUACAGCCAAAGAGGUGGUGAAUCCUGAGGAAUGUGCCCAGCUGCUACGUCGCAUCGCCAGCACCCCGAGCCUGCCUCCACAGUACUGGCUUACCCUCCACUGUCUGCUCAGGCAUUUCUCUAGAGUGUGCCAAAACGGCUCCAAGAACCUGCUCAGCGCCAGAGCUCUGGGCGAGAUCUUCAGCCCUGUGUUUUUCAGACAACAGACCACCAGUUGUGAACCCAGCUUGGAAGCUCACAUCAAGAUCAUUGAGGUUCUGGUGACCAGUGAAUGGAGUGAAAGCCAAGCAGCUCCAGCUCUACCUCCAAAGCCACCCAAGCCCACUUCUGUGACUAACAACGGUAUGAACAACAACAUGGCUCUGCAAGACGCCGAAUGGUACUGGGGGGACAUCUCGAGGGAGGAGGUCAAUGAGAAACUUAGGGACACCGCCGACGGUACGUUUUUGGUGCGUGACGCCUCGACGAAAAUGCACGGAGACUACACUCUGACUCUGAGGAAAGGAGGAAACAACAAGCUCAUUAAGAUAUUCCACCGGGACGGGAAGUAUGGCUUCUCGGACCCUCUGACCUUCAGCUCAGUCGUCGAGCUCAUCAACCACUAUCGCAACGAGUCUCUGGCUCAGUACAAUCCAAAGCUCGACGUCAAGCUGCUCUAUCCCGUCUCCAAACACCAGCAGGAUCAAGUGGUAAAAGAAGACAACAUCGAAGCUGUUGGGAGGAAGCUGUGCGAGUACCACCAGCAGUACCAGGAGAAAAACAAGGAGUAUGACCGUCUGUAUGAAGAAUACACAAGAACGUCACAAGAAAUCCAAAUGAAAAGGACGGCUAUAGAAGCGUUUAAUGAAACUAUAAAGAUAUUUGAGGAGCAAUGCCAAACACAAGAGCGGUACAGCAAGGAGUAUAUCGAGAAAUUCAGGAGGGAAGGCAACGACAAGGAGAUCCAGAGGAUCAUGGGAAACUAUGAGAAGUUAAAAUCCAGGAUAAGUGAGAUUGUAGACAGCAAACGUCGGCUGGAAGAGGAUCUGAAGAAACAGGCAGCAGACUACAGGGAGAUUGACAAGAGAAUGAACAGCAUCAAGCCCGACCUCAUCCAGCUCCGCAAGACCAGAGACCAGUAUCUCAUGUGGUUGACCCAGAAGGGAGUCAGACAGAAGAAACUCAACGAGUGGCUCGGAAUCAAGAACGAGAACACAGAAGAUCAAUACUCUAUGGUUGACGACGACGAAGACCUCCCUCAUCAAGACGAACGCUCCUGGAAACUGGGCAACAUCAACCGACUGCAGGCAGAGGCGCUUCUCCAGAGCAAGAGAGACGGAACAUUCCUGGUCCGAGACAGCAGCAAAGCAGGAUGCUACGCCUGCAGCGUUGUCGUGGACGGCGAGGUGAAGCACUGCGUCAUCAACAAGACCCCCUCAGGUUAUGGCUUCGCCGAGCCGUACAACCUGUACGGCUCCUUAAAGGAACUCGUUCUCCACUACCAGCACACGUCUUUGGUCCAGCACAAUGACUCUCUGAAUGUGACGCUAGCGUACCCGGUCUACGCCCAGCAGAGACGGUGAGGACCCCCCCACCCAACCCCCACCCCGGAUGUUUCCACAUGGACACGAGGAAAAGGCCUCAUGGGAGUUAGAGAUGAAACGUCCUUGGACUCCGUGAUUUUAAAACUGAAAGAGGCUCUGUUUGCAGACUUGGAAAAAAAGAAAAAGCCUGAAACAUUUCAGUGACUUUGCUCCGACCACGAGCCUGAGGCGAGUCUGAAUGUAGAUUUCUUUCUCUUUUGCUUUUCGUGGGAGCACAGAAUCAAGCGGAAACUGCUGAAAUCUCCCCCAGCAGAGGACAUCUGAGGCCUUUUCUUAAUGGUGCUUGUUCUUUUUUCAAAGCUUUACCAGCCGGGAAUGUCUAAUCGCAGCAAGAUAAACUCUUCACAUGGAACUGUACCCACCGGCCACAACUCUGUUUUUCCACUUUUUCUUUUUCCCUUUCAUGUCAUCUUCGUGUAUGCCUGCGUGCGAGCGUGUUUCUGCACAAGUGUUUGUGUGUACGUGUGUGUGCGUGAUUGUCCAUGUGACCAAAACUCAUAGAAUCAGGAAACUGUGUGACGUUUGUGGGGGAGUGUAACACAUUUGCUUGUGUUAACUGUUAAAAAAGCCGACCUCGUGUCGGCUGAUAAAUGUAGCAAAAUGGCACUUUUUAAACAAAGUUUAAUUUUUUUUUGUUUUUGAAAAGACUCCUAUGGACUUUAAUGCGAAGAGCAGAGAUCUUCAUCCUGCCUUCUCUCAGUCGAGCAUUAUAGCGCAGAAGUAAACUUGAUCUUUACUGUGGGCAGGUGAAACUAUGAAUGGACUUUGUAUUUCAUGUACAUAUGUGAAAAUGUGCAAAAAGUCAUGAAUCAAAGUGCACCAUACCAAAAAGGAUCAGUUCCUGUUUAGUUCUAUUCUGAUCUGCUAUGCAAUUCUUUCUCCAUCACUUCUUCAGAACUGUGUUUUACUCUGUUGCAAACCCUCAAUAUAAGCUUGUUUUAUUGCUUGAAAAGUAUCUUUUCCUGUGUAAAUAUCCCCCCGAGGAUAUUUUGUGUCAAAAUGCUACGAUACAGUAAAUUGCUUAUGAUUUUUAAAGAUAAUAAUAGCAACAUACACUUUAUUAUAAAUGACUUUAACAGCUGGUAUAAAGAUGGAAAAGAUGAGUAUUUUAUUAGACUUAUUUUGCUUCAAACUAAUGUUCUUCUCAGGCAGAGCCUCUUGAGUAUUUGAGCUGCUUCAGUCACAAGAACUAUUUCUUACAGAGCUAAACUUCUUUGUUUGGACGGACAAAGAAAGAACUCAGAGAAACGGGGAUGAUGGGAUAGUACGACCCUUAGAGACCAUCACCACGAAAACAACAGUAUAGAUUUAUUUUGUUAUAAAAUAUAUAUGUUCCCAUAUGAGAAUAUAUCAAAGCAGACUGGUGUUUUCAGCCGAUGGAUAUUGUUAUUAAAGAUCAAUAAACAUUGUCCACUUAGUAUUUUUCUGUAUCAGAAAAUCACUGUGUUUACAUAGGUGGAUCAGCUCAUUUCAGAUCUGUCUCUAAUUUCAUAUUUCAGAUUUAAAAAAGGACAAUUGUCUGUGGAAUCCUUAAAAACACAACAGCUCAACUAUAUUAUUUCUUCACCCAUCUUUUAUUCUGGAUUUCACAAGUCCAAUUUAUCGGUACAGGUGUAAACCCAGCAAACUGGUUAAUAAAUUAAACUGCUUCAAAUUUAAAACAUAUCGCCCUUAUGUCUAACCAAUGUGAAAACACAAAUCAAACCACUCUAAAAACAAAAUGUUUGCCAUUAAUGACAAGUGUAAUUUACAGUCCUAAAUCUUUUGCCAUGAAAUGAUGUUGAUGUGAUAUUUUUACCCCCAACCCCCCAAAAAUGUACUCAUGGUCAGCACAGCUGUCAACUUUAACUCUUAAAUGUAUCUUUGUGUAACAAAAUUAAUUGUAAAAAUGUUAACCUAAUGCCAUUUUGAAUUGUGAAAUCUGACUUUAAUUCUCCAACUUUGGCACAACUUUCUUUGUGGGGAAAAAAAUGUCACCACGUUUAUGAAAGAGAGCAAAAAAAUGAGAGAAAAACAACCGCAAAGUCAGUUCUUUCAACAUGAAAACUUUUUCUAUAUUGUCUUGCAUAUUAUUCGAAGCCCCAUCAUGGCAAACUGUUGUACAGCUUGAUCAAGCUACUAAAAUGUGUUUUAGAUGUAUUAGGUUUCUUAUUUGGAUUUUUCAAAGCUGUUAACAGACAUCAUGGAUACUAGAUUGUUUAACUAGACUGUUUUAUUUACUGCCCCUACAGCUGCUGGCAUGAGCGUUUGUUUGUCAAAACUACUUUUUUCUUUUUUUUAAUUCUUGGACAUCAUGCACCAUUAUUUUCUUUGCCCCAUCUCUGGGUUGUACGAUUAUUUUUGGUGUCUUUUUUUUUUAUUUGAAGCUCAUUUCUUUGUGGGUGUCCCUAGACAUGAUGAUUGGAUUGAGAUUUAUCAGUGUUCCCCCCCAGUUUUGCUUCAAAUCUGUAUUGGGCUUUGUUAAAAAGGAAAUAAAACACUUCUUUUUAAGAAAUUCA